GUUGAUUCAGUUGCUGAUUAUAUAAAGAGUAAUAAGACAUUAAAUUUGGAGUACAAUCGAAAUUGUGCAAAGUACAUAAGCUCUGAAUGGUACCAAUUAAAUGUGAGGUAUGAACUGAACGUUAUAUAUGAGAGGCAUAUAUUAUUAUUAAGUUAUGCAGAUGUAUUAUGCAAUUCUUUUAUUACAAGAUUGGUUAUUUGCAGCCUUAUGUGUCUGGGCAUAUCAAUAUUGCCACUUAUAACAUCAUUUGUCAGCAUGUUUAAGGGUUGUGAAAUUAUUAUCGUUGUGGCCUCCGUAGUGAUAAUGACCGUUGUAAUUACACACGAAUUUUUCAACAUGGGACAAGCUCUGGAAGAUCAGUUUCAGAUGAUAUACAGUGAGCUUUUAAACGUUUCCUGGUAUUAUUGGAAUUCAAGAAACAAGAAAAGUUAUAUUGUAAUUUUAACACAAUCUCAAAAAACUGUAACCUUUUAUUCCGGUUUUGCUACAAAAGGAAACAUGGAAUCGUUUCUUAAGUACGGACGAUUUUUAUAUGGUGGAUUGAACUUCUUAUAUCAAAUGAAAUAAAAAUGUAAAAA